GAAGAAGAAGCAGCGGUACAGUACUGGGGAGCUAACUCACCAAGAUAAAACUAAACCACUUAUAUCUAUAUAGUUCAACAGUUGUAUGAAACAUUUCAUAUCUAGGGCCUAGGUAGUAAUAGUCUAUGUAGCUCAUAGAAGAACAUCCUACAGCGCAAAAGAAGAAAGGAUGCAUUGGCUCUAAUUGGUGGUCCUCUUUUUGAGCAGAAUACAGGAUGCCUUACCACUGUGUGGCUUAUGGAUGCGGCAAAACUUCAGAAGAUGGCGUGACGCUGUUUAAAUUCCCCAAGGACCCUGAGGAGUUUCGCAAAUGGGAGAAGCAGGUCCAGCGCACCCGCGCCCAGUGGGUCGCCACGCCCAACUCUCACCUCUGCAAAGAGCAUUUUGGCAAGGAGUACUUUGAGCCCAAACCACACUCAGGGGCUCUGAAGCUGAAGGUGGGAGCUGUUCCUACAGUGUUCGUCCGUCCGCACUGUUUCUCCUGCGAUGGAGUGGGCUGUGGUAGCUGCCUGCCUGCUAUCCAACGCCGGGGCAUCACAGCCAGACCAAGAGAGCGCGCCACAAGUGCAGAGUUUGAUGAUACUGAUGGAGGAGGCGACGUAGAGCAUCUGACAGGAGGAGAGAUGAAGCGGGAGGAAAAAAGCGCAGACGACCGACCAUUGGUGUGUGAGAUGUGCGGCGUCGCCGGCACCGUUGGCACCUUCUUUUCGAAGACCAAGCGUUUCUGCAGUAUAUCCUGUUCACGUUCCUAUUCAUCAAACUCCAAGAAGUCCUCCAUACUGGCACGACUGCAGGGACGGCCCCCCUCAAAAAAAGCAACAGUGCUGAGCAAGGUGAACAAAGCCCCCCAAGCCCCAACAGCGUUGGCUGCAGGUUUUGAAUGGGGCGCCUACUUGGAGAAGGAAACCUCUCUGGCUGCAUCAGUGUCCUGCUUCAGACAUGUUCCCCUGUGUGCCCAGUGGGAUGACGUCACGUUGGGGAUGAGGGUGGAGGUCCUGAACACAAACGCGGUCCUGCCCAGUAAGGUCUACUGGAUCGCUACCGUCAUCCAGAUUGCAGGAUACAAAGCCCUGUUGAGGUACGAAGGCUUUGAACACGACAGCAGCCGCGACUUUUGGUGCAGCCUCGUUUCGGGAGAGCUGAACCCGAUCGGAUGGUGCGCCAUGACGAGCAAGCUGCUGGUGCCACCGCAAGAUGUGAAGCAGACCAUCCCAGAUUGGAGAGAGUAUCUGAUGACAAAGCUUGUGGGGGCCAACACUCUACCUGUUGACUUCUACCUGAAGUUGGCAGAGGGCAUGAAGAACUCCUUCAGACUAGGUAUGCGCGUGGAGGUGGUGGACCCCAAACACGUGAGUCGGACCCGCCUGGCCACCGUAGACACCAUCAUCGGCGGCCGUCUGCGUUUGGUGUACGAAGACCAAAGCGACGCCCCCGACAACACAAUCUCUGAUUUCUGGUGCCACAUGUGGAGCCCCCUCCUGCACCCAGUGAGCUGGUCCUGCAAAGUGGGUCAUGCCAUGAAAGCACCUGCAAACGGUGUGGAAGCUGCUGCCGGCGGUUGGAAGGGUAACUACGACAACUCAUCCCUGCUCUUUAAAAAGCCCAGAUUUGUUUACAUGGAUGGAGGUUUCUUUGAGGAAGGGAUGAAGCUGGAGGCCAUUGACCCUCUCAACCUGGGAACCAUCUGUGUCGCGACAGUACACAAGGUGCUGCUAGAUGGCUACCUGAUGGUGGGUAUAGACGGCACCAUAUCAAACAAGGGCUCCGAUUGGUUUUGUUACCACGCCUCAUCUCAUGCCAUCCUUCCUGUAGACUUCUGUAAAAAGAACAACAUCCCUCUCACGGUACCUCAAGGUUAUGACCCUCAGACCUUCACCUGGGACAAAUACCUGGAGAAGACCAAAGCUAAAGCUGCACAGCUACGACUGUUCAACACCGACUACCCGGGUCACGGCUUCUCCCCCAACAUGAAGCUGGAGGCGGUGGACUUGAUGGAGCCGCGCCUGGUGUGCGUGGCCACCGUGAAGCGCCACGUGGGCCGCCUGCUGCUCAUCCACUUCGACGGCUGGGAGGACGAGUUCGACCAGUGGAUCGACCACCAGUCCCCGGACAUCUACCCCGUCGGCUGGUGCGACCUCAUGGGCUACCAGCUCCAGCCGCCUCCAGGACUCGUUGAUUUAAUGGGAUACCAGUCGGCACAGAACAAGAAAUACAAGGGCCUUCCUUAUGGGAAAAGGAGAAAGAAGACUGCAAAGAAGAGGCUCUCUGGUGACCAAGCUGAAGAUGAUGCCGGUCAGCAGCCUGAGGUCACCGGCACCGACGGUCCUCCUCCAAAAGUGCCUCUCCUCCAGCUCAAGACUGAGCCAGAGGAGCAGGAGAUCUUUGCAGUGCAGGUUAAAGUGGAGGAGGUGGAGAUGGAGACCCCCAUUGAUCGUCCAGACAACCCUCCACAGGCCCAUCUGGGGAAAAUCAAACAGGAUGAGGGAGGGGAGCAGAACAAGUCUGAAUCACGUCAACCAUCAGUGCAGAGCAGCGUAGAAAACGUACCGCGUCAAAAGACGGAGCCGAGCGAAACCGCAGUAAGAAGAAGUGAAGAGAGCGGAUCACUGGAAGAGAGCUUUACCGGUGAAAGCAACACGGAGCAGAGUGAAAACAAGCUGAGCCAAGGAGAGGACAGUGUCAUGGAUGAAACUUCAGAGAGCAACACAGAACAGGACACAACAGGAGAGGCUGCAGGAAUGGAGACGUGAGACGAGCAUGUCUGCUUAAAGAAUGAAGAGGACAAAAGGUGGAUGAGCAAAGAGAUUGGGAUGACUCUGUGAUGGCGUAAAAUAAAACAAUUCUGGCGAAGACAAAACAAAAAAAAAAACAGAAAAAAAGCAGAAUGGGAUAUUUAAAUCACACAAAAAAGGUACAACAUCAGUUGGGAUAGAUUCCUGUGAAUAACCUGAGCUUAGAUAAGCAAUUUGAAUCCAGAGCAGGAAAAGCGGACUCUGCCACUACCAAUAAAAAAGUAC